AUGUGUCUUAAUUGUCAUCUUGAGCUAUGUAUUUUCAGACAACUUGAAAUGCCUUCUGAAGAACUUGGAAUGCCUUCUGAAGAACGUCUGCUACUAAAAAAUUCGAUAUCGAAGCAUGCCUGGCAGGAAACUGGAGAGGUUUCUUCAGCGAGUAAUUGCACGGAUUUUCAAGCAAGAAGACUUGGUAUCAAAUACAAGACUGCUGACGGCACAACUAAAUAUGUCCACACUUGCAAUGGAACAGCCCUUCCUUCAACGAGAACCCUCAUUUCAGUUCUUGAAACGUUUCAAAACGUUAGUGUCUUAAAGGUGGGGAGACAUGAGAAGAAUAAUGUUGUCGAAAUUCCGUUUAAAUAUGCUCCUCGAGGAGUUGAACUUGUCGAGAGAAAGCAGCUGCCCGAUUGCGAGGGCGACAGCUGUACGCAGAGUGACAUUAGGCGACAAAAAAGGAAUUGGAGAGCUUCCGGAUCCCCUUCGGAAGAGAAUAGCAACGUGGCGGCCCACAUCGGUUCCAGCCGGCAAAAUCUCUCGCUUAAAUAUCAGCCAACAGGGAUGAUAACUAGUUCAAUUCGCGUUUUGCUUAUUCGUAGUUCGUUGAUAAUAAAGUGUUCAAUUCCUAUAAAAUUCAGCUCAAAUGAAAGGAAAAAUGAUAACAGGUCAGGUGUAAGCCUAAUUGGAAUCUUGAUAUUCACAGUUCUCGUUGGACUUCUUCUGGUUUACGCCUGUAGAGUCGAUAUGAAACACUGGAGAAAGAGCAUUGACGCAAGAGUUCAACUGGAAUAUCCGAAUGCUUCGCUGGCUGAGUAUCAACUUCCGCAGCUUCACAGAGCUCAAGAAAAUCCAGGAACACCAUUGGAGGCUGAAACAACCCAAAUCGAGAGAAGUCAAGAUGAGAAAACUCUUCGUAUUGUUAGAGCUAUGUACAAUGCGUCAAACCGAGAUGUGCCUGAAUCUGUUCAAAAAAGUAUUCAAUCGAAAAGUAGCCGUUUGGCAGGACCUCAAAAAACAGUGACAACUACUACUAUGCAAACUAUUUCCGAGAAGGACAACGAACAGGAGCUUCCGGAAAAGAUAUCAACUAAAUCAUCUGAAAAAUAG